AUGGCAACCGGAGCUGGAUGGGCGCAACUGCGCCAGCAGAUCAGGACUCUUGAGAGUCAGACCGAAUCCUUAUUUCACACCUAUUCUCAAUAUACCUCCACUGCAAACCUUCCUCCUAAACCGUCAGACGAAGAACAAAGAAAUGAAGCUGAAAUCGAAGAGUUAUUAGAGAAGCGGGAUGGUUUAAUAUCACAACUCUCCCGACUCCUUGACUCAGAAAGUGCAUUGAGCACGUCCACUUUGAAACAAAAUAACCUCUCCCGUCACCGCGAGGUGCUGAGCGAACAUCGACAAGAACUACGCCGCCUCAAGUCCUCCAUAUCUGAAGCUCGUGACCGUCAACAUCUCCUAGCAAAUGUCCGCUCUGACAUCGAUGCAUUCAGAAAUUCAAACCCAGCCGAGGCGGAGGCAGAAUAUAUGCUUCAAGAAAGGGCCCGAUUAGACCAGAGUCACAACGUGAUUGAUGGUGUAUUGGCUCAGGCGUAUGCCAUUAAUGAGAAUCUCGGAAUUCAAAGAGAGACGCUGGCAAGCAUAAAUCGACGGAUCGCCUCGGCGGCGGCACAAAUUCCGGGCGUUAACGGGUUAAUUUCGAGAAUUGGGUCGAAGAGACGAAGGGAUGGGAUCAUCCUGGGCAGCUUUAUUGCCUUUUGCUUUUUGAUGUUGCUAUAUUUCAGCUGA